AUGUCGGCCAUAAACGGUGUUGAUGCACAUGCAGACAAGACCAAAUGCAGUACAGAUACUGACUGCGCGGGACAGAAUGACGGAAGUUUGUGUGCGAAACGCAAAGGUACAUCCAAUGGUUAUUGUAUCCCAACGUGGUAUGGUAUUUGCCAUGCAUGGGCUCCUGCUGCUAUCCUCGAAAACGAACCAAAGUGCGACGUAGUGAAGAAUGGACAGACGUUUCAUGUCAUGGAUAUCAAAGCACUCGUGACGGCUGUUUAUGACGGUUCUGCGAUUGCCACCGUCUUCACUGGCGCACGUUCAAAUGGCCCCGACACACCCGUCAACACCGAUGCAUACGGACGCUAUACCAACGCUGCACGACGGGAUUUAGGCGCCGGAUUUUUCCACCUCGCCAUCACAAAUAUCAUGGGGAAACAUAAGCAAUCCUUCAUAAUUGACAUUACUACUGGUGCGCAAGUCUGGAACCAACCUGUUCGGUCAUACCGGGUCCAGACCAUGGACCUUGUGGACGCGACACAGGCGUCGCAACAAUACUUUGGCACGAACGUGUACCCAUUCAACGACCAAAUGGUGCACCUCGCUUACGUCAAGACUACAGUCAGUUGGAUCGUAGAAGCUUACGCUGACGGUCCUCUUGUUGCAACGCAAGAGGUAAAUACGUAUACAAAAUCACGUGAUUAUGAGUAUUUGCUCGAGCUAGACGCCAACUACGCAGUGAUUGGCGGUGAAUGGGUUGGAAGCUCCAAAACGGAUCAUCCAGAUUUUCUCUGGUUUCCUACUGCCAAGCCUGACGAAUCGACGGUCACAGGUGCUGGCUUAAGUUACGCGAAUGUAGAAGAAUUACUCGAACUAUCAGUAUCUUGUGGUGCAUCAACUCCCUCAGUUAGCACGUCGGGUAGUGCGUCGGCAGUUUCUACUAGCGCAUCAUCUAGUACUUCAAGAUCAGUCGGUGCUUCGAUGAGCGCAUCGGGCAGCUCUUCUGAGAGCACAACAAAUGAAGGAACAAGUGAGAAUGAUUCUUCACUGAUCCUUAUGGGCACCGAGACAACUGAAGAUCUUGACAUUUCGGAUGAAACAUCUAAUGUUCCAAAUGGAUCGAAUUCAAACUUGGAUGCUCCUGCCAUAAUCUUGGACACUACCUAUAGCAACAACACAACAGAGUCGACAGGAAAUGCUAGUCCAGUGACUACAAUCAACUCCGUUUACUACACACCACCCUUGACCUCGGAGACCGACGUACCCCCUCACAUUACUUUUCCAGAACAGACGACUGUCGUUACAACCAAUGAAGAAAGUGCUCAAACCUCGGUGCACCAAAGCUGCCACUAA